AUGGCAGAUCCUUCUAUCUUUGGGAAAAUCGAGCGUGAUUAUGAGCAAGCACUCAUUGCAUUAAAAAAAGGAACCCAGUUAAUUAAGUAUAGCCGGAAGGGAAAGCCAAAGCUUUGUCCAUUCAGACUUUCUGCGGAUGAAACCACUCUAGUCUGGUUAUCACACGGAGAAGAGCGACUUCUGAAAUUAUCUACGGUCAACAGAAUUAUACCCGGACAGAGAACAGCUGUGUUUAGAAGAUAUUUGCGUCCAGAAAAGGAUUACUUGUCAUUUUCUCUUCUAUAUAAUAAUGGUGAACGUUCACUUGAUCUGAUCUGCAAGGAUAAAGCUGAGGUAGAGGUAUGGAUUGCUGGCCUUAAGUCACUUAUUACUCCAGGACAGCAGCAACGUAAUAGGCGUACAAAGAGUGAAAUUAGCGAUUUUCAGGACGGGACCGAAUCUGUUAGUGGCCGUUCUUAUGGAGCGUUCUUAGAUUACGCUCCAAGCACUUCCCAUGGUAGGGUAUCAGUUGACUCUCGUGAAUCAGUGAGUUUUGGAAGCUCAGAUGUGGGUACAGAACGAGCAAAUAUGCAACUAAGAACAAGUACAGGAGAUGGUUUUCGAAUUAGUGUUUCAAGCACUCCUAGUUGUUCAAGUGGAGGGUCUGGACCUGAUGACGUAGAAUCACUAGGAGAUGUUUAUGUGUGGGGAGAGAUCUGGUCUGAUGGAAAUGUAUCGGAUGGGUCUGCAAAUGUAAUCCCUGUAAAAACUGAUGUUCUGAUUCCAAAGCCCUUGGAGUCGAAUGUUGUUCUCGAUGUACAUCAAAUUGCUUGUGGUGUUAGACAUAUUGCUCUCGUAACAAGGCAAGGUGAAGUUUUCACCUGGGGAGAGGAAUCUGGGGGACGACUUGGUCAUGGGAUUGAUAGAGACUUCAGUCGUCCUCGCCUUGUUGAGUUUUUGGCUCUUAAUAAUAUAGAACUCGUUGCAUGCGGUGAGUAUCAUUCAUGUGCUGUAUCUAUGUCUGGUGAUUUAUUUACUUGGGGUGAUGGCACGCAUAAUGCUGGACUUCUUGGUCAUGGCACUGAUGUUAGCCACUGGAUACCUAAAAGGAUCACUGGUUCUUUAGAAGGACUACAGGUUAUGUCGGUUGCAUGUGGCACAUGGCAUUCAGCUUUGGCAACUUCUAAUGGCAAACUCUUUACAUUCGGAGAUGGAAAAUUUGGAGUUUUGGGACAUGGAGAUCGAGAGAGUGUUACAUAUCCAAAGGAGGUGCAGUUAUUGAGUGGACUGAAGACUAUAAAAGUAGCAUGUGGUGUUUGGCAUACUGCAGCUAUUGUAGAGGUUAUGGGACAGGCUGGUGUGAAUGUUUCAUCUCGAAAGCUUUUCACUUGGGGUGAUGGUGAUAAACAUCGUUUAGGUCAUGGAAGCAAGGACACAUAUCUUCUUCCUACCUGUGUCUCUUCACUCAUCGACUAUAAUUUUCACCAGCUAGCAUGUGGACACACAAUGACUAUUGCCCUCACCACAUCUGGUCAUGUAUUUACCAUGGGUGGUACUGCAUAUGGUCAACUAGGAAAUCCUAGUUCAGAUGGAAAAGCACCUUGCUUAGUACAGGAUAAAUUGGUAGGUGAGUUUGUUGAAGAAAUAUCAUGUGGAGCAUACCAUGUUGCUGUCUUGACAUCGAGAAGUGAAGUAUUCACAUGGGGCAGAGGUGCUAAUGGAAGACUGGGACAUGGGGACACCGAAGAUAAGAGAACACCAACUUUGGUUGAGGCUCUGAAGGAUAGGCAUGUCAAAAGCAUAUCAUGUGGCUCAAACUUUACGUCUAGUAUAUGCAUCCAUAAAUGGGUUUCCGGAGCUGAUCAAUCUGUUUGCUCAGGUUGUCGACAGGCAUUUGGGUUUACUAGGAAGCGGCAUAAUUGUUAUAAUUGUGGACUAGUCCAUUGCCAUGCUUGUAGUUCUAAAAAAGCACUGAGAGCUGCAUUGGCUCCCACUCCUGGAAAACCGCAUCGCGUAUGUGAUUCUUGUUAUGCAAAGCUUAAAUCUGCUGAGGCGGGUAGUUCUAGUUCUGUUAAUAGGAGAGCUACAAUCAACCGUUCAAUGGACAGAGAUGGUCUUAGUAGAGGAGAGACUAGAUCUUCAAGGAUACUGCUUCCUCCCAUCAUAGAACCAGUGAAAUAUCUUGAGAUCAAGUCAAUGAAGGCAGGGGGCAGAUCUGAAUCUCCUUCUAUAGUUAGGGCUUCCCAAGUUCCAUCCCUUUUACAACUGAAAGAUAUUGCAUUUCCAAGUUCAUUGAGUGUUCUUCAAAAUGCUUUGAGGCCUAAUAUACCAGUAACACCUCAGUCUAGCACUCCAAAUUCAAGAUCUAGUUCACCAUAUGCAAGGAGACCAAGCCCUCCACGUUCUACAACUCCUAUAUUUUCUAGGAGUGUUAUUGAUAGUCUUAGAAGGACAAAUGACAGUCUGACUCACGAAGUAUCAAAGUUACAAAACCAAGUCAGAAGUCUGAAGCAGAGGUGUGAUACUCAAGAUCUGGAGAUUCGGAAACUACAUAAAAAUGCUAAACAAGUUGGUACAGUAGCAGAAGAACAAUUCUCAAAGUGUAGAGCCGCGAAGGAACUUGUCAAGUCCAUCACAGAACAGAUGAAGGAAUUUGCUGAGAGGUUACCUCAUGAGGUUUCUGAUAACGACAACUUCAAAUCAUUGCUUGCUGAAGCAGAUGAGUUUAUAAACACAAGCAGUGGAAGAUCAAGCUUAGAGCUUGGCCAACUAGGUGCACCUGAUAGGCCUUCCUCAGCACAUGGGUCUUCUAAAAGGGAAGAUAACAGAGCGGAUGACCAUGUAGUGUCUGCUGACCAUCAAAGCAGCUCAGGUAGUUCGUCUAAGUUACCAGAAUCUUCAACAACGCGGACCGAAGGACAAAGGGAAGUCAUUGAACAAUUUGAACCAGGUGUUUAUGUAACUCUGGUUCAACUACCAAAUGGUGCUAGAGCUUUCCGACGUGUUAAAUUCAGUAAACGGAGGUUUAGUUCGCAACAGGCAGAAGAAUGGUGGACUAACAACAAAGAAAGGCUACUUAAAAGAUACAGUCAACCAAGGACAAAUCAUCUUCCUCCAAGUGUACCAUCAUCAUCCGGCACUACAGAACAUCCUGAGGAUCAAAAUUCUGAGGCAGCCUCAUCUUCAACUCAAAACAAUUCUGAGGCAGCAUCGACUUCAAAUGAAAAUAGUGCUGAGGCAGUCUCAUCUUCAAACGAAAACAAUCCUGCUGAGACACCCUCAUCUUCAAAUGAAAACAAUCCUGAGACAGCCUCAUCCUCAAAUCAAAACAAUCCUGAGGCAGCCUCAGCUUCUGAUACAUAGUUUGGUAACUUAGUCUCUUACAGCAGUAGGAUCAACACUUUGCUUAGAAUUGCAUUAUUGUAUGAAUCAGGUAGGUGUAACUUAGAGAAAGAGCCUUUGUUUUGGUAGUGGAAUGAUAGAGAGGAGUUCUACUUUACCAUGGUGAAAAGAAAACAUGUCAUAUGUUCAGAGGGACAGAACUGUGAGA